UUUAUAGACAUGAAAUACUUUACAGGCGACGAAAGCGGUUUAAUCAAAUGGAUCUCGUUUCCUCCUAAAAUAGAAGAAAAGCCUCAAAAACGAGCAAAACAAAACAACAACGACGAUGACGAAAAAGACAAAAAGAAAGAUACACUUCAACCAUUGACAGGCAUCUUUGGUAAAGUCGAUAAAGCACAAGCUAUUCAAAAGCUUGCUUGGGCUCAAUGGCAAGAUGAAAAAGUGUUGCUUGUUGGACGUAAGAAUGGCGUGAUUCAAUUCAUGUCGCCUGAAUCAGGUGCAAUCUUGAAAGAAUUUAGAAACAAACAUGUAGGCACAGACGAAAAGCAAGGCUACUUUGUCGGCCUUUAUGUUCACAACAAUCAUCUCUGUGCAUGUACUUCCACAGGCGACUUUUCAUAUACACCUUUAGAUGCUGAUAAAACCGAGACAGAAACCCUUAUUCAACUUGGAUCACAACUUGAGAUUAUGCGUCCUCAUCCUACCCAUUCUCAUUUAUUCGCCAUCGGUGGCAAAGACCAUGAUUUAUGCAUUUACGACUUGAAUCUCAUACUCAAUCAACAAGAAGUUCAAGAGACACAUCAAAACACAUCCACCCAUAAAAAGAAAUCAGACAAAAGUGUUGGACGUGUAUUUCAAGCCAAGAAUGUCAAGAAUGACUUUUUAGAUCUUCAACAACCUGUCUGGAUUCAUGAUCUUCAGUUUGUGAACAAGGAAGGUACACAAGUAGCCCUUGUCACACAUUAUCACCAGUUCCGUGUGUAUGAUACCAAAAAAGCACGUCGUCCUAUUCUUUCUGUUGAGGUUGGUAAGCAUCCUCUCAAGGUGCUAUCCAUGGGUCCUGAUGAUGAUCAUGUCUUGUUCUCAGACACGAUGAGUACUGUAGGCAUGCUUCAUAUUCAAACAGGCAAAAGAGCAGCUCAAUUCAAAGGAUUUUCAGGUGCAGCUACAGAUAUUGUGUAUGUGUCUUCACCUCAAGGUGCACCUGUGGUUGUCAGUACAAGUCUGGAUCGUUUCCUGCGUGUUCAUGAAACAUCUACUGUCUAUCGUCACUUGGUCGAUAAAGCCUACCUUAAACAACGAUUGACAUGUGUCCUGGUAGAUACGUCCUUUGAAUAUCCUGUACCCAAAAUCAAGACAGAACAAGAAGAGGAAGAGGAAGAAGAAGAUGCCAUGUGGGAUGCGAUGGCACUUGUUCAAGACCGUAAACGAAAGCAUACUUAACUCAUUGUAAAUAAAAUUAAAAAAAAAAAUCCUGAC